AUGGGUACGCAAAACCUUCCCGAGGCAGCGAGGGGAAGAAAACCAUGCGCUGCGAUCAUUGCCAUUUUGGCCUUCUGUAGAUGGAAAGCGGCGUCACGGUUGCCGCUCUCCUCCGCUGCCGUCUCCAGAGCCCCGAAGUGCGACGAAAGUGCCGCGAACGGCGGAGGUGCCAUAUGACUUGAGGGUUCCUCGCUCGCUUCGUCGUCCGAGCUCUCCUCUGGGAAAUCCCCCGCCCGAAGGUUCUUCCUGGUGGUGGCGCUGCUGCGAGUUUUGGCGGCCUGAUUCUCUAUCUUCACCCGCUCGGCCUUGACGGUACGCACCGUGCGCUGCCCGCAGUUGAAUUGCUCUGCAAUCGAAAUCUGCGUCCGCGUGCCCUUGUCCAGCAGACGGAGGAUCUCCAUCUUGGUGCCGAUGUCCAUCCGCGUGCGCGAACCAGUCAUGUCCGGGUGGUUGGCUGGUUUCGAUUUUUCAGGUCUUGCCGUGUCUCCGCUCUCCGUGGCUGACCCUUUGCGCUUGCCCUUGCCAGCUGUCGAGGCAUUACUACCCUUUUGCUUGGAGGCAAUGCAUGCAAAGCAGAUGCGGGCGGUUUCGUACUCCGCAUGUUGGUCUUGUUCCCCGCACAGUCCGUGCAGUCUGCCGCCACACCCUCCGUGACAUUGGUGACCGUGAGGCGCUACUGGCGUCUGGUCUGGCAGCAGGCACAGCUCACCAGCCGCACAAGGCAUGUGCAUGUGUGCCCCUACUGGUUGGGUCGG